GUCUGAGUCCCAAAGAAUGGGGCAAAAGUUGUAUCACUUGCAAGGAUACUCCCGGGUUUGUGGUUAAUCGUCUGUUGGUUCCUUACAUGGCGGAAGCUGUGCGUCUUCUGGAACGUGGCGAUGCCAGUGCUAGAGAUAUAGAUACGGCAAUGAAGUUGGGUGCCGGUUAUCCGAUGGGACCGUUUGAACUAAGCGAUUAUGUUGGGCUAGAUACGACGAACAACAUUUUGCAAGGAUGGCAUGAAAAGUAUCCGGAUAAUCCCCUGUUUGCGCCGAUCAAAAUGUUGGAAAAAAUGGUAGCCGAAGGCAAGUAUGGCGUUAAGUCUGGAGAAGGAUUCUAUUCAUAUAAGAAGUAAUGUGGUUUGCAUGAAAUUGAUUUCAAUAAAAUGCAUUUUGGUUACCUAUAA